AUGCCCAAACUUCGCAGAGGAAAAUCCAAGCCCACCGUUACGAUCCCGCUUUCGAAGACCGGCAGCGCCAAAGGGACUCGCUCGACGUCCUCGUCGGCAUCGCCGACAUCAUCCACGGCUAUAAGCCCAAUCACGCCCAAGACGCCCGCUGAUGAGGGCUUGGAGUUCUUUCAGUCAGAGGUUAGCCAGGGAGAGCCUCCGAUCCGCGUUUACGAGCUCCGCCUUGAUGUAGAUGGCGGUCCUCACAAAGAUAGAUCGUACAUUCGCUUGCCGCCAGCAUACACGCCAUACAUCCUUCGAGUGUCUAUUGAUGCUGGCACUCCUGCCUCUAAAAACGGCGUUUUCAAGACGAACUUUCCGUUAAACGGUGGUAAAUUUAGCAGGGAUAGGUUCGCUGAGAAGAAAUUACCCACAAACUUCUCCAAACCUGUACAAAUAGAUCUUCCGAUAUCGCAAGCCGGCGCCUUCGUGUUCUGGGUAGAGUACGACGGUGAGAAGCAGGGUGAGCGGGUAACCGGUAGGAGGGGAUACUUCAAUAUCGACCCGAUCCUCCGGAUAAAGAAACGCAGCCCGAUUCUGUCUGACGAUCUCAAGCCUCUCCCUCCCUCGUCCGGAGCGAUCCUUCAAAGCGAUUCUGCCAACUUGCCGCUGGAUGGCUUGGCUAUUCUCACCGUUGUAUCAAAAUGGAUGGGACCCAUUUCCGACUGGAACAAACACUUCGCCGAAGCAAAGGAUCGGGGUUACACCAUGCUCCACUACACUCCUCUGCAAGAAAGAGGCCAUAGCGACAGCCCUUACUCGAUUCGUGAUCAAACCAAAUAUGACCCAUCUAUGUUCGGCGGCAAAGUGGUCGAAGAUGGUGGUAAGAACAUCGUAGAGAAAGCGCUGAAAACCGCCAGAGAUGAAUACGGGCUCCUCAGUCUCACGGACGUCGUUCUCAACCAUACCGCGGAUGAUAGCCCCUGGCUCCCAGAACAUCCGGAAGCUGGCUUUAGCCCACAUAACUCUCCUCACCUGGAGCCCGCCCUUGAAUUAGAUACUGCUAUCGUUGAAUUCUCUGCAUCGCUGGCAGCAAAAGGCUUGCCAACCUCAAUCGGCUCUCAACAGGACGUCGAUACAUUGGCCAAUGCCUUCGCGGACGAAAUGAAGUCACUUAACUUGUGGCAAUAUUACGUCCUAGAUGUCUCAGCAACAAAAGCGUCCAUCAAAGGCGCCCUUGAAUCGGGUGACAUCGUUACGUGGGACGGAGUAGAUGUAGCUGGGAAGAACGUCGUGGACCUUGCGAAAGCAUUGCGGGAUUCCAGCAAGAUUGACGGCCUAGGCUUAUUCUCUGGCCGAUUCAAAGUUAAUGUCCCUGGGCCUGUUGCUGCCGGUUUCGUGCAAGCUGCAUUUGUUGACAUAACGGACGUAGAGGCGUUGGCUGAAGCGUGGGCGAGGGUGAUUGAUGUCCUAAAUGUCCCCCUGUAUGAGGAAUGGGAAGACGAUACGAAGGCCGCACUUGAAGGUAUCAAGAAUAGGCUCAAAUACACGCGACUGGACGAACAUGGCCCCAAGCUUGGCGCUAUCUCUCGCGAUUCGCCACUCGUUGAAAGCUAUUUCACCCGGUUGUCGCCUCAUUCGGAUGCGGAUCCCUUGAAAUACUCUCUCGCAAACAAUGGGUGGAUUUGGAACGCAGAUCCUCUCCAAAACUUUGCGCUCUUACCAUCCAAGGCCUAUCUACGACGAGAGGUUAUCGUCUGGGGCGACUGCGUCAAACUCCGUUACGGCGAUGGCCCCUCAUCAAACCCGUGGCUUUGGGAGUAUAUGUCUAGCUAUGUUACUUCCUUGGCAUCGACUUUCAAUGGCUUUCGCAUCGACAAUUGUCAUUCUACCCCUCUACAAGUUGGCGUCUAUAUGCUCGACGCCGCGCGGGUAGUGAACCCAGAUCUGUACGUCUGUGCGGAGCUCUUCACCGGAAGCGAAGAAAUGGACUUGUUGUUCGUCAAGAGUCUAGGUAUCAACAGUUUGAUUCGGGAGAGCGGGAAUGGCUGGGAUCCCAAAGAGCUGUCGAGAUUGUUAUAUAGGCACGGCGUUGGCAAACCAAUCGGAUCCAUGGAUGGUGCCUGCAUGACGACUGCAGAGGAGUUACCACCACCCACCGGGAAGGGUCCAGUUCGACAAUGCACCGUAACGCCUCUCAACGGAUCUAUGCCACAUGCAUUGCUUUAUGAUCUGACUCAUGACAACGAAUCCCCGUUAGAUAAGCGUUCAGCAGAAGAUGCCCUCUCAACUGGCGCUCUUGUUACCUUUUCUUACAGCGCAAUAGGGUCCGUCAAAGGCUUUGACGACCUUUAUCCCAAGCUCUUGAACCUGGUGGGCGAAAAGAGGCUUUACGAAGUUCCAGGAGUAGGAGAUGGAAGUGGGAUCAGCAAGAUCAAGAGGACCCUAAACGAACUGCACCUUGAGAUGGUUUUGGAUGGCUUCGAAGAGGGCCAUGUACAUCAAGAAAACGACUACAUCGUGCUUCACCGCGUCCAGCCGUCCACCCAAAGGGGUUACCUCCUAGUGGCGCAUACUGCGUUCUCUAAGGGCUCGAAGGAUCGAGGAUACCUAACACCCGUACGCUUGCGACGCACGAGAGCCAAAUUCAUCCUGGGCUCUACACUCGAGAUAUCCUCCUAUGAAGUGCCAAUAGACGCCAAGACAUUGCACGGUCUUCCAGCUUCGCUUACAGAGAUGCCUACGGUCGUCGUUCCUCAGCACAUCGAUGCUGAGGGACCGUACUCCGAAAUCGCAGUUCCCGAAUAUUUCCCUCCAGGAAGUAUCAUGGUUUUCGAAACGCAGUUACAGGAAUACGACGCGUCCCUUGAAGCUUUCUGCGCAUCCGAUGCUCAGAAGGCAUUCGGGACAUUGGAUUUAGUCGACCUGAACGUCGUAUUGCAUCGUGCGGAUGGUGAAGAGAGAGACGCGACGCAGGGUGAAUUUGGAACGUACGAUGUCCCCGGAUUAGGGAAAUUGGUUUACUGCGGAUUACAGGGAUGGAUGCAUCCCUUGCGACAUAUCAUGCAGUAUAACGACCUAGGGCAUCCACUUUGCGGUCAUUUGAGGGACGGUUCGUGGGCGUUGGAUUAUAUUGUCAACAGGUUGCUCAGGCAAUUAGAUGAUUUACCUAACCUCAAGCAACCAGCAGAGUGGUUCAAAGAACGCUUCGACCGCAUUAAAUCAAGCGUUCCGAAUUUCAUGAGGCCGAAAUACUUUGCCCUCGUGGUAUCCACCGCGUACAAAGCUGCACGCCGAGCUGUCAUCGAGCAGUCGUCCGAGUUCGUGCUCUCAGGGCACGACUUCACCCACAAUCUCGCUCUGUGCUCUGUUCAGAUGCAUGGUUUAGUCAAAUCAGCGUCCCUUGACCCCUCCAAACCUACGCCAUCUUUAGCUGCGGGUUUGCCUCACUUCGCGGCUGGCUGGGCUAGAUGUUGGGGGAGAGAUGUGUUUAUCUCGUUGCGGGGUUUGUUCUUGACCACAGGAAACUUCGAGGGGGCGAAGAGGCAUAUCCUUGCCUUCGCAUCCACAUUAAAGCAUGGCUUGAUACCUAAUCUCCUGGAUUCCGUACGGAACCCUCGGUAUAAUUCGAGGGAUUCUCCUUGGUGGAUGGUGCAGAAUAUCCAAGACUAUGCGACAAUGGCACCAGACGGGUUGUCGAUCUUAACGCAACAAGUGAAGCGUCGUUUCCCCAAGGAUGAUACUUGGGUCGCUUGGGACGAUCAGCGUGCAUACGCUUAUUCUAGUUCCAUCGCCGAAAUUGUCCAGGAAAUUCUUCAGAGGCACGCUGAGGGGAUCAGUUUCAGGGAAUACAACGCCGGUCCGAACCUCGACAUGCAGAUGAAAGGAGAAGGAUUCGAUAUCGACAUCCGAGUAGACUGGGAGACUGGGCUUAUCCUAGGCGGGAAUGCUCACAAUUGCGGGACGUGGAUGGAUAAGAUGGGUGAAUCAGAGCGGGCAGGGACGAAGGGUGUGCCCGGUACCCCCAGAGACGGUGCUCCCAUCGAAAUCACUGGACUACUGAAAAGCACGCUAAGAUGGUUGGCGGAGCUUUCAGCUAAAGGGAAAUUCCCGUUCAAAGGGGUGAACGCAACUAUCAACGGAGAGCAGCAGCUCGUCACUUAUCAGCAAUGGGCUGAUUUGAUUCAGCACUCCUUCGAAAAAUGCUACUACGUCCCUGAAGACCCCAAGGACGACGUCAAUUAUAACAUCAACACCAACCUUGUCAAUCGACGGGGUAUCUACAAAGACGUUUACGGUUCGGGAGCUGGGCGUGAAUGGUCUGACUAUCAGCUUCGUUGCAAUUUCCCUAUUGCAAUGACAGUGGCCCCUGAGCUAUUCCACGACAAGCAUGCUCUCGGUUCUCUACAGAUCGCGGACAAGGUUCUCCGCGGUCCACUGGGGAUGAAGACGCUGGAUCCAGCGGAUAUGCAAUACCGUCCUGUUUAUGACAACUCAAAUGACUCCACUGAUCCAUCCAUCGCGAAGGGACUAAACUACCACAACGGCCCUGAGUGGGGUUGGCCCCUAGGUUAUUUCUUGCAAGCGUACUUGCACUUCGAUACCCGAGUAGGAUCGGGUGCCUCUGACCCACAGACGACUCUUCACCACCUGCACCGGAUUCUUUUGCAACCAAGAAACCACGUUCAAAACGACCCAUGGGCUGGGCUUCCUGAGUUGACCAACGCCAACGGUGAAUAUUGCUCUGAUUCCUGCAAUACCCAGGCGUGGAGUUCCAGCACCAUAUUGGACUUCUUGGAGGUAGUGAACAAGAAAUACUCGAACGUUGGCUGA